UGUGGGAGAAAGCCCCCAGUAGAGCUCUGAUAUCCGUCGCAGUUACACGACUACAUAUUAUUUUGGCGAAAGCUAAAUCUUGCUCCGAUUUCUAAAAAUGUCAAAGACCAAAAGACCUCGGUCCCAAAAGGAAAUCACCCAUGAUCAAAUUCAAGCUCUUUUAACCAAGCUGAAAGAAAUUGUACCAAAUAUGCCCAGAAACCGAAAAUUAUCGAAACUGGAAAUAAUCCAGUACGUGAUUGAUUACAUUGUGGAUUUGCAAAUAGCUUUGGAGUCUCAUCCGGUAUCUCAUCGUGGAAUGAAUCCUCGAACUGGUGGCUCAUCGAAUCGCCAACCCCUUGGUGUGAUAUCUUCUCCAUCCAAUUCAGCUGCUAACAAAUGCGUUGUUCAGGAGCUUAGUCACAUUGAAAAGCCGCCUUCGCGACGUCCAGAUACAGUCAUCAGGUCGCUAUCGUGCUAGACUUGCGGACCACUGCGACUGAGUUUACCUUUUUGGUGACUAAUACCAGCGCAUCAGUCUUCUUCAACGGAUGGAGCAGAAGCUGACAGGAUUCUUUUUCUUAUCGUGCAAUUCCUAGUUUAACCAAAACUAUUUUAUAUAUCAUUCCACCGAAUGCGAGAAAACUGCAUUUGGAAUUUUGUCAUGGUCAAGUAAUGGCCAUCUAAAUGGGCAUGGGCAAGUAUGCAAUGUGAAAGGUAAAUGCAGGCUUUCUGCAGCUGAGUUUUUAAUCUCAGCAUGUGCGUGGUGUUCUUUGUAUAUAAAGUAUUUGCCGUUUAUAUCACUGCAUUACUGUUUUCUUCUGGUAUCUUCACCAAAACAUCACAUACACUGUUUUUGUUUUGCAUUCCAUAGCAUCUAUGUUUUAUAGUCAAGGCUCGUUCAUGUUACCAUGUUGAAGAUACGAAAAGGAAGACUUGAUUUAUCAGAGAGACUAUCUCUUGUUUCCAGGUUCUUGGUCUUUUGCAAAUGCCUUUGCUGGUUGUUCAAUUCUUCACUUUCGUAUCUUCUACGUGGUUAUAUGAAUUGGCCUCAAAACUGCUAGGCUGUGAUUGCAAUUUUUUAAAAACAAGUGUAUAGAAAUUUAUUAUACAUUUAUCCAUAAUUUGUAAAUUUUGUACUUAAAAAUUUCCUGUCUUAUCUUUAUGGCAAAGAUUUUUCACUUAUGGCUAUGUAAGUACAACUGAUGUUGGUUGUUGUAUAAAGUAUUUUGUGAUAGAUGUCCAAAGAACUCGUUGGGUGUAUUGUACAAAUGUAUUGAAAAAUUAUUCAAUAAAUAUAUUAAUCAAA